ACUUCACGCCCUGUCAGUUACAGCUCUUUCCCUGCCUGGUUCGUUAUCUUCGUUCCAAUCCAUCAUCUCAUGGACUGGAACUUCUCUCUAUACGGCUUUCCCCCUUUUCAUGAAUCGUACCUUUCUCGACCAUCUGGCCUCUCUUACUUUGCCAGCCGAUUCUUUCAACCUCUUCAACCUCUGGGCUCUUAUUCCGUUCGCGCCACCAGGUAAACCCAUUGGCGCUACCUGCUUCAUCUUUAUCUCCCAUCGCCCUUCCUCUCACAAUCAGAAAUGGCCGACAACCGCAAAUAUCACGCACAAUCUUCUCGUGCUAAACCGCGAGAACUGGAAGUUCCAAACGAGAUCCCAGGCUUUACAAUUGGUGACGAAAUCGGUCGAGGCUCCUUCGCCGUAGUCUAUGAGGGCGUCAAUGCACACACAAAGCAAAAGGUUGCCAUCAAAGCUGUCAUCAAGGGCAAGCUCACCACCAAACUGUUCCAAAACCUACAAGACGAAAUCAAUAUUCUCAAGCAGAUCCGACAUGGUAACGUUGUCGGGCUAGUCGAUUGCAUCAGUACCAAUGAUCACAUCUUUCUGGUCAUGCAAUAUUGCGCCGAGGGUGACUUGUCCGUCUACAUCAAGAGCAAAGACGGUGGCCUCAAUGAGUGGGUCGUCAGGAGCUUCUUGGGACAACUUGCCGAUGCUCUCCAAUUCCUUCGCUCACAUUCCAUCAUUCAUCGAGAUAUCAAACCUCAGAACCUACUGUUACACCCAUCGUCAUCCGGCGCCGGUCUUCAUCGGUAUGUCCCACCUGGCAUCCCAAUCCUCCGGGUCGCCGACUUUGGGUUUGCAAGGGUUUUAGAGACUAAUUCCAGCCUAGCUGAAACACUAUGUGGCUCGCCAUUAUACAUGGCUCCCGAGAUCCUUCGCUACGAAAAGUAUGACGCUAAAGCAGACCUUUGGUCCGUUGGCGCUGUUCUGUAUGAGAUGGCUGUUGGCAAGCCACCGUUCCGAGCACAAAAUCAUGUCGAACUGCUACGUAAAAUCGAAAAGAGUGAAGACAACAUCGUGUUUCCUGAAGAUAAAUUUGUUGCACAGGACAUCAAAGAGUUGAUCAAAUGUUUGCUCAAGCGAAACCCA